AUGUCAGCCUGCCAUGACCAAAACCAUAUGAAAGAUGAAUAUCGCAUCGAAGCAGCCAUAUCAGUAUUGACAUUGUUAUUAGUUUACUUUGCUGUUUGUGUCGCUGUUCAUAUAAUUAAACCAAGAUGGAUUCAACUCUGUAAUACUCCUACAAGAUUUGCCUUCGUUGAAUGUUCCGACUGUUCAAUAACAAUUGAAUGGUAUAUACAUGACCAAGAAGACUGUCUCCAGUAUGAACUUGAAUAUAGAAAUCAAGAAACAGAUAAAUUGACUGUAACGACACUUUCUACUACAGAUGUAUAUGCAGAGGAAAAUGGGCGACGUGUGUAUACACUUCUAAAUAUUUUGCCCGAAACAGGAUAUGAGUUAAAACUAUGUUCUGUUAAUCAUCAUGUCAGAAGCCAUUUUACAGAGCUUAUGACCAUCCUGACACUGAAACCAGCUCCUAAAAGAUUUGCCAUAGUUGAAUGUUCCGACUGUUCAAUAACAAUUGAAUGGUAUAUACAUGAUCAAGAAGACUGUCUCCAGUAUGAACUUGAAUAUAGAAAUCAAGAAACAGAUAAAUGGACUGUAACGACACUUUCUACAACAGAUUUAUCGGCAGAGGAAAAUGGGCGACGUGUGUAUACACUUCUAAAUAUUUUGCCCGAAACAGGAUAUGAGUUAAAACUGUGUUCUGUUAAUCAUCAUGUCAGAAGCCAUUUUACAGAGCUUAUGACCAUCCUGACACUGAAACCAGCUCCUAAAAGAUUUGCCAUAGUUGAAUGUUCCGACUGUUCAAUAACAAUUGAAUGGUAUAUACAUGACCACGAAGACUGUCUCCAGUAUGAACUUGAAUAUAGAAAUCAACAAACAGAAAAAUGGACUGUAACGACACUUUCUACAACAGAUUUAUCGGCAGAGGAAAAUGGGCGACGUGUGUAUACACUUCUAAAUAUUUUGCCCGAAACAGGAUAUGAGUUAAAACUGUGUUCUGUUAAUAAUCAUGACAGAAGCCAUUAUACAGAGCUUAUGACUAUCCUGACACUGAAACCAGUUUUGCCAGAAGCUAUACAGCUAUUAUCAGAGGAAGAUAAAAUCAGAUACAAAACGCUUAUGCAAACGGAAAAAAAAGAAAACAGGUAUUUAAUAAGAACUAUGAUAGUUGGCAAGGAAACGGUUGGAAAAACAUGCCUCUUGAGAAGAUUAUUGAAGGAAGACAUAUCUGAUGUUGCUAGUACCGAUGGUGUAGAUAUUGUUGUUCGUAGAUGUAAAAUCAACAUAAAAAAUGGAAAAUGGACAAUUGGCCAAGAAAUCGAUGAUGAUAAGUUGAACCGGAUUAGGAGAGCACUUAAUCCAAAUGCAGAGGACAAAGACAUUGAAAAUAUGCAGGUAUAUGAGACAAUGAAAACAAAUUCAAGUCAAAGUGAUAAAAUGUCUACUGAUAAAAAAGAAACGACAACCGACGCAAAGGUCAGAAUAGAUAAAAGUCAUGAUACCAAUGAGUCCUCAUCAGCUUCCGAAGCAAAUGUUAGUCAUGAUAAAAAUAAAAAUUCAAAUGAGCCUGCAUCUUUAGAAAUACAGGAGGAUUUAGCUACCGACAAAAAGGGAAAUCUUUAUAAAAACGAAGAUACGAUUGAGUCUGCAUCUUUGGUUAUGCCUGCGGAUUUGAUGUCUAAUGUGCUUUCGAAGUCAACUGCAAAUACUUCCUCGAACCUUUAUGCAUCGUGUGACUUAUGGGACUUUGCAGGACAAAAAGAAUUUUAUGCUACACAUCAAGCAUUUUUGACCAGUACUGCACUGUAUCUUGUUGUUGCAGAUAUGAAGGACGACAUAAGUAAACAAGGCUUAAGUCAGUGUUUUGCUAAUUUUCAGCAUAUUGGAGAGUAUGUCGAUUUUUGGUUUGAUUCUAUUCAUUGCCAUCGAACGGCUGACGAACGAUCUAAUCAUGGACACUUCGAUCCUCCGAUUCUAUUAGUUUUCACUGGAAAGGAUAAGUAUAGCAAGGCAGAUUUUAAGACGAGAGAAAAGGAACUCAAUGAUCAAAUGAACCAAGUUCUUGGAUUUCAAACCAAAUAUCAUCACUUGCACAACAAGUUUUAUCUGUCAAAUACAGAAGACAGUGACGAAGAAUUUGAGAAGUUGAGAUACGAAAUUUACGAUACUGCUCGGAAAAUGGGAAAUUGGGGUAAUUCUUUUCCAUUACAAUGGAUUCUUUUAGAACAUCUAAUUGAAAUAAAUAAGAACGAUGGAAAACAUUUCAUAAAUUUUUAUGACAUGUCAACACUGGCUAAACAUCCUGAUAUCAACAUACUAAAAGAGGGUGAUUUGUUGUUGUUUCUACGAUUUCAGCAUAAUGUAGGAAACAUUAUUUUCUUCGAAAAAAUACCGGAUUUGAUCAUAUUGAAUCCUCAGUGGUUAGCAGAUGCUUUCCGAUGUUUAGUCUCGGAUAGGAUUGACACCAGAGAAUUGCACCACCUUGAUGACUGGUGUCUGUUUACACAAAGAGGCAAAAUAAGUGACAGUCUAAUAACAAAACUCUUUGAAUCAAAAGCUGGAAGUCAGUUUUCCGGAAUGAAGGAUAAUUUGCAUAAAGUUAUGGACAAACUUGACAUAAUAGUCAAAAUUGAGAACUCAAGUUAUUACAUAAUGCCAAGCAUGAUGCCAUCGUCCACGUUUGACGAUGUAUGUAAAAUAUUUGGAAUUUCUGACGGAAAAUGUAAAAGAUCUUCCUGGCUUUGUUAUAAAUUUGACUUUCUCCCACCUUCUUUCUUCAACCAUCUGUCUGCCUGGUUUCUUAGAAAGUACCACCCUAGCACAGUAGAAAAUACUAGUGCUUUAUAUCGUGGUAUCUGUAUGUUUGACAUUGAUACAUCUGGUAGUACAAAGAUUCUAGUUACCAUGUCAACUGAUACAAUUGCUCUUCAGGUUGUAACGUAUUCCGAACUAAAUGUGGGAUUCAGAAGCACAUGCAGCAAAAUACACAGUGAGGUAUCACAACUAUUGGAAUAUGUAAAAGAGAGGUAUAGCGUCAAAAUAUCUUUUAAACUCCAUUUAAAAUGCAGUGAUGGUUAUUAUUUUCAAAACACAUUUGAAUACGAGAAAUUGAAAAACGAGAAGGAGUGGUUCUGUGUUCAGCAUAAGCAAAUGCAUCGAUCUGACCAAAUAUGUUCGCCUUGGAUGAAGAAUGAGCUUAAAGAGAUUCCCGACAAAGCGAAAAUCAACACUACACAAGAUGACCAAAAUCCAGGUAGUAUGAAUAUUUAA